UUCGCUGUAGAAAAAAGUCGUAUACCACAAUUCUUUGAGGCUGCUGGGAAGGGAGAAAGAGGAAAUAAUGCUAGUAACGUUAUGAAGACGAGUCUAAGGAUUGAUGGAACAUUGGAGGUUCCAAACCGUGAUAGUUCGAUGGCUUCACGAUAUAUU